AUGCAAGAAUAUACAAAAGUUUUCGUUGAAAAUAAACUUCUUUUCAAUAAAAAUAAAAAUUCCGAUAAGAACAUCUCGGGAUUAACUAAACGUUUCUCAAAAUUACGUAAAAGUUUUUCGUCCCGAGAUUCAGUCGUUGGACUACUAUCAUCCGAGAUUAACAACUAUUAUCAAGAUAGCAUAAAUGAAAAGAAACUUCAAUCUUCAGACAAUAUCUUCGCUAGAAUAAAAUUGGUUGUUAACCGAUUUUCUGGUACAGGAAGUGGAAGAAGUCGUCAUAGUGAAGCUUAUCACCAGGAUGGAAAAACAAAUCCUUUUGAAUGA